CGCGUCUUCGAUGCAAUCAAACAUUAUAAUAGUAAGGCUUGCAAUCCGCGUAGACAAACUCCGUCAAACUGGUUCUACAGGGCUGUCAAUCCAUAACGAUUCACGACCGCCUGCUAGGCCCAACAUGACGAGAUAUCCCGUGCACGGAACACCCGGCUGCGUGCCGGCGUCGCAGUCGGACAAUGGCUUCAUCAGCCCUACAUUGCGACGGCAAGCGGUACCCGGACGGGCACAAGGCUUGCUCGACAGCACCAACGUUUACAAGAACGCGUUCAAGGAUCCGACAAUGUCGUCUACGAAGAAGAGUCGCCACGUGGUGCAAGGGUUUACUGCGGCUAGCGCACAAAAGGCAGCUUUCGACGGAGGUGCGAUUGUAACGGACGUGGAGGACCAAGAUGCAGCCGUUAUCCAACAACUGGAGCGCAAGCUGGAAGCGGGAUGCGCACUUGGCCCUAAUAAGCAGUCACACGGGCGCCGUGGUGUGGACAGCACUGCGCACCUGGAGGGCCAGGUACGGCAGCUGCAGAGCUGCCUUGCCGCCAGGGAGCAGGAGGUGCGGGGCCUCAAGCACGCCCACGACGACCUGCAAGCAAAGUACAAGGCAGUGGCGGCGGAGCGCGACGGCUUGGCGGAGAGGAGCCGGCUGCUGGGAGAGAUGCUGGUCACGUUCGCAAAGAAGAAGAACAGGCGGAACGGUCUGCUGCAGAGGACGCUGGACCUACAGCAGGAGCAGGUGGAGCUGCUACAGGAGCAGCUGCGGCUGCUGCGUGCGGAGCGGUCCUUGGGGGGAGCGUUCCAGGCCGAAUCGUCCGAUUAACGGCGGCAGCAGCAAUCAAGAGGUGUCAUGUCGCCCAGUCGAGGAUGACCGGUACAGGCCAGCUAACUGGCUGCCAGGCUAUCUGGCAGCACUACCAACCUAAUGAUGGCACUACAACUGUUGCCGCUUUAAAGCAGGACUGCUCUACUUGCUUCAUGAGCUGCUCUACGUCUGCAAAACCGACGUCCCAUUGGACUUCAGCCUGUCCGCUGCGGGAAGUGGACUAGCCAAUGGGGGCUGCUGGCGCUGGGGUUGGCAGGGGUUCAGGGAUGUCGAAUGGGACUGUGUCAUGCGCUACUGCGCUUAGCUGUGAGUUAUGGAAAACGUGGCUGGACUACCAAAAGUAGCGUUUGUAUGAGGUAACCAGGUCUGUGGUUGCAAGUUUCGUACAUAUCCUGUUCGUCGGGAAAGACCCUUUCUAGAGGAUUCCUAGAAUCUUUCCUGCGCUUUCAUGCUGUUAGUAUAGUGUAGUAGGGACCCAUGGGUCGUAUAAUGCGUGUUCGAAAGCUUCCUUGUGAGUGCAUGUGCAGUGGACCGCUGCAUGGAUAACAACACGGCAGAUUUGUUGCAAAUGAGCAUUGGGGCCAACGGAUGGG